GUGUGUGACGGUGUGACCCCGUCCGGCGCGCGGUAUCUGCCUAUCCUUCGCACUCGCACUCGCACCGCUGUUUGCCCUGCCCGUUUAGGCUCGUGCAUCCGCAACCGAGCGACGGCGGUGCGGCUUCGUGGUUGCGCAGCCCGUCCCGGCCCCUGUCCACCAGCCAUAUAUACCCCGCGCUCCCUGCCUGCCGAGUUCAGCUCUGAAACCUACUCUGCCUUGUAGAGUCGUCCACCCCCACACCACCAGGGCACCACCCAGAAACGCAGCAGACCAUGGCCACUUCGCUCGCCUGUGCCGGAUUCUUCUUCGACACCGAGCCGGUCGGGGAGCCCCGCCUGGCCGCGCUGAACGCGUGCGCGCUCUGCUCCAAACCGCUGGCCCGCGACAGCGACAUCUUCAUGUACAGAGGGGACACGCCCUUCUGCAGCCAGGAGUGCCGCUACGAGCAGAUGCAGCACGACGCCGUCCGCGGCGCCAGGCCCAGGCAGGCGGCCAGGUCCGCUGCCCGGCGGCAGCCGUAGUCCUGUCCUGCAUGGAGGUGUCCCCUGUCCCGUGUCCGAGUCUCCGAGACGAGUUGACCACGCCAGAAAGGAGAGCCUGGCUGUGGUGUUCGUUUCGUUCCACGAUGAAUCGAUCGCCGGACUUUAAUUCCUGCAGGUUCUGAUCGAUGGAACGAAAGAUGAGAGCAGCUACAGGAACAUUUCUACGUCACGACCUGUGAAUUGUGAGGGUGGACUGUGGAGCAAGGCGAUGAUGUCCGUCAACGCCAUCAUCUGUUCGCUAGCACGAGGCUUCGAUGAUCGGCCGUGCUAUCGUGUGCUCGUGCGUGUUUGAGCCAGGUUGUAACACUACGUUGUAAACUGGAGCAUUUUGGCAGCUUUGCUUCCAACAGCUGAUCGUCAUGUGUCAUAUGUGUACAAAUUUGCUUCCAAUAUAAUGGAGCACGCUAGGGACAAUAGUAACAUUCGUCAUGUGUACAAAUUUGCUCUACAUGCGAUUAUUCCUGGACAGUGGGAUUGCCCAUUUUUUUA